AUGACGAGAGCCCUGCUGCGGCCCGCCGGGCUCGGACCGUUCGUCCUGCCGUGGCUGCCGCUGCCCGCGGCGCCGGGGAGCGGAGUCUAGGCCAGGAGGGCCAGGCCCGCGCCGCCGUGCCCCGCUGCCCACCCUGCUCGGCGGGGGACGGCCCCGGGGCUCGACCGCUGCGGGGGCUGCCGCGUCUGCGCCGCGGCCGAGGGCGAGGCCUGCGGCGGGGCGCUCGGCCGGCCGUGCGCCGCCCACGCCCCGGCUCCUCGGCGGCGCGGGACGGCCGCGUGCGGCGGCUACGGGAGCACCUACCCCAGCCUGUGCGCGCUCCGCGCCGAGAACCACGCCGCGCGCCUCCGUGGCGCGCUCCCGGCCGUGGCGGUGCGGAAGGGGGACUGUGGAGCCCCAGGGACCAGAAGCGCAGGCUGGCUCAGGAGCAAGUACAACUUCAUCGCCGCCGUGGUGGAGACGGUGGCCCCGUCCGUGGUCCACUCACAGCUGUUCCGCGGGUCGCCUCUCAGCAGUGAGGAUAUUCCUGCAUCCAGUGGCUCUGGGUUCAUAGUGUCUCAGGAUAGGCUUAUUGUUACCAAUGCCCACGUCCUCACGAACCAGCAGCAGAUCCAGGUGGAGCUCCAGAGCAGGGUCCAGUAUGAAGCCACUGUCAAGGACAUUGACCACAAAUUGGAUCUUGCCCUGAUUAAAACUGAGCCAAAUACUGAACUUCCUGUAUUGCUGCUGGGAAAGUCAUCUGACCUGCGAGCUGGCGAGUUCGUGGUGGCCUUGGGUAGCCUGUUUUCACGGCAGAACACAGGGACGGCAGGCAUUGUCAGCACCACACAGCGAGAGGGCAAAGAGCUGGGGCUGAAGGCUUCAGGCAUGGACUAUAUCCAGACGGAUGCCAUAAUUAAUCACGGGAAUUCUGGGGGGCCUCUGGUGAAUUUGGAUGGUGAUGUGACUGGCAUAAACACACUGAAGGUGACCACAGGAAUCUCCUUUGCAAUUCCCUUGGAUCACAUUCGACAGUUUGUUAGUAACACAUUACAAUUCUCCUUUCCAGGAAAGGCUGUUUCAUAGAAGAAAUAGCUGGGUCUGCGCAUGCUGCCCUCCCUAUGAAGUAACCUGCUUCAGGAAAGGAAAAGGCAAGAUCCAGAUUUCCGUGACGUGACCUCUGGAGUUUUUGUAUAUGAGGCGAUUCAGGGAACAGCUGCUGAAAGCUCUGGGUUGAGAGACCAUGAUGUAAUAGCAUAAACGGACAACCUAUCCACGACAACCGACGUGAUUUAAGCUGUUAAGGCCAAUGAUUCCCUUUCUAUCCUGGUUCGUUGGAGAGGUCAAACGUUGAUCCUGACAGCCACACCUGAAAUAAUCAAUUAA